AUGGCUUUAUCUGUCGUCUGGAGGCUCUCUUUCUUGCUCUUCCUCCUUCCUUCCGUCGAAUCGUGCCAUGCCCAAUUCCAAAAAGAACUACGAUAUCUCGAUUUGUACCUGGGAAUAAAGCCCGACAAUGACGGAGAGAUUCCCGUAGAGGGUGAGUCAUUUCCUCGGUUCUGAAGACGUGUAUCACUCCAGAAGCGGUCGGUUUCGCCACGUACAUCGAGUCUCCGGACGAACUGAACUGCGACUUCGAAACAGAGUGUUUGUGGAGAAAUGCACCCACCGAUAACCUGUUGGACACCAGUAACUGGUGGUACUUCAAGGUGCGUUCCUCUCUGAAAUAGCCGCGUAAUCAGAUGGUUCAGAAAAGUGACGAGAAGACGUUUCCUGUGCAGAUUCAGCCAGGAAACCCGAAAAUCCCGAAGGGAGAACAUUUUUUGAUAGCCGGAAACACGACGAAGACUCCGAACGGAGCAGUGCUCAGCAGCGCCCCGAUCGCUUGUCAAAAAGGAUUCGCAAAUCUGACAUUCGGGUGAAAAGCUCUCUCAUUUCCACGUACCUUGUACUUAUCAAUACAGGUACUGGCUGUACAACAAUGCUCAGAUCGAAGUGAUAAUUCUGAGAGCGAUGAACCGUCGGAGGCAUCUUCAAGUUCUUCUCAGACCGAAAAUGAAAUGCGAUUUCUUGGGAGCAGCCAACGAGGAAUGCCACGUGGAGAUUCCGCCGAUCAAAGAGCCAUUCCGAAUCGGAAUCCGAGCAUUCGACCUCAAAGACAACACUGUCGGAAGUUUGGCAAUCAUUGAUCACAUCAGAUAUCACGGGAAGAUCUGUCAGCAGUCCCGUAAGCCCCCAAUCCCCUCUUUCACUACCUCUCCCUACCUUUCCAGCAUUUCCCUCUUCGUUCUCUUCACUUCGGAUCCCUCCUUACGAACAAACCCCACUGGACAAGAUGACGGAUCUCAGUUGCGAGCGGCCGUUGAGAUCGUGCCGAUGGGGCAACAUGGCCAAGUCACAGCUGAGCGAGUGGAGGGUCGGAAGAUCCAUAGACCGAUGGAUUGACAUGUUCGAGGUCGGCAGCCGAUCCUUCCAUUUCCAUUCCAACGCAUCCCCUGUUCAGACGUCGGCCAACCAAUCGCACCCGAACUCUUCGUUCCUUUUCCUCGCCGUCGACUCUUUCUCUCCCCGCCCGUAUUCAAGUCUCACGAGUCAAGUGAUUCCGUGCUCGCAAAGAACGACAAGUUUAUCUUUAAAGUGAAAAUAGUUCGUUAAUCCACAGGCUGAAUUCCGAUUUAUUCAGGUAUUGGAUGAAAACCGGAACUCAAGCGGAAAUCUGCGCGGUCGACGAGGACGGAGUGGCCCUCAGUUGUGCGUACCUCGAGCCCAACGACAGUCCCGGACCGAUCACGAUCGACCUGGAUUCCUAUUCGCAGGCGUUCAAAUUCACCAUCGGAAUCAUCGCUUUUGAUGAGAGCUCGUUCGGACUCCUCGCCAUUUCGGAGCUCCGAGUCUCUGGACUCCUUUGCAGUGAACCCACUCCUCCGGUCGUCACGACCAUCAGUCCUCCAAUUGUGAACCAUUUCGGUUCUCUCUUUCCGAAAUAAUUCCAUUCUUCAGAUUCAACACAUUUUCGGAUUGCAACCUGGAAACGGACGCUACGUCCCUUACGAUCUUUCCCUAAACUGCGAUUUCACAAAAGACUACUGUUCUCAGUGGGUGAACUACGACGGAAUUGUCAAGUACGGUGUGAUGCCCCGCGACUCGGACGUCUUUCCGGUUCCGAAGGGCAUCAAGGGCAACGUGGCCGUGUUUCUGAUGCAGAACGCAACGGUUUCCAGUCUCAGAUCCAGAAUGGUUCCGUGCUCUUACGACGGACAAAUUCACGUGGAGUACAUGAAGUGGGCACAACAAGAGCAUCCAUGAUUUCCAUCCAAAUCAUCGUUCAGAUCUGAGGACGCGCAAGUCCGUGUCUGUGCCCUGGAUCAGUGCGUCGAUGGGAACGAAUCGAGUGGGAACGUGUCAAUCGGCGUCUCAUCGACGGCUCCGUUCUUCGUUUCCAUCGAGGCUUCUUCCCGCGACGACGCCGUCGUAAUCAUCAAUAAAAUCUCUUCGUCCGGCCAGUUCUGCCCACUUAAAACAGCCGAACAAACCGUUUGUGAUCAGUUAAUCUGCGAUUUCAAAGGUCUGUUCUCUCUCUCUCCUUCCCCUCAGAAUGUUCCCUUUAGGUUCCUUCUGCAAUUACGAGACAUCCGUCGAGAAGCCGGGAGAUGUUCCAGUUGCGCAGUCCCCGAACGGCGCCACGGUCACUCUGAGCGGCGGAGGAAUCCGGGCGAUCCUUCGCAGUCCCACUUUCGACUUAGCCUAUCCGUCCAUUCUGACGAUCAGUCUCUCCCAGUCGACCUUCGGUUCCCGUGUUCUUCUGUGUCCGGAUGUCACUAGCGAUCCCACAUUGUGCCAUGAACUGGCGGGUCCGCGAGUUCUCGAUUCCUCCGAGAAGAAGGUGAACGCAUUUGAUUCGUCGAAUCUGAAUAACUAUUAAUUCCAGGUGAUGUUCCCUCUUGACAUCGGCGCCAGAUCCUUCUCACUCGUUCUCUUGCACGACAAAUCAAUUGAAUUUGGACCUGCCUCUUUUGUGAUCAAAUCUAUGGAACUGCGAACCGUGAACGACGAGCCGAUGUGCUUGUGA